CCUCAGUAAGCAUCCAUCACACCUCACCAUACCACAAUUCGCCAUACUGCACACUGGACCACUCUCCGAGCAGGAGAAGCUGCACGUUAUAUUGUACACGCCCACAGAUUGACGCAGCGGCUAGAGACGCCACAAUCGACGCACACAUUCAGACACCAUGGCGGGCUGGUUCGGGUCGUCGACCAACGGCGCGCUCGAUGAGCAGAUUGAGCGCGCCACCACCUCGAGCCUGGAGGAUAUGCCGCUCAACCUCGAGAUAUCCGACGUAAUUCGCUCCAAGACAGUGCAGCCUAAAGACGCCAUGCGCUCGUUGAAGAAGCGCAUAGGGCACAAGAACCCCAACGUCCAGCUGGCAGCUCUGAAUCUCACGGAUACCUGCGUUAAGAACGGCGGCGCCCACUUCAUCCAAGAGAUAGCUUCGCGCGAGUUCCUAGACAACAUGACCUCCCUGAUGAAAGCGCCCGGUGGUGCCGCAGCAAACCACGAUGUAAGAAGUAAGAUGCUGGAGCUCAUACAGUCCUGGGCGACAGCAGCGGAGGGGCGCAGCAAUCUGAGCUACAUCAACGAGGUCUACCGCAGCCUGCAGCGAGAAGGGUAUCACUUUCCACCAAAAGAGAACAUAUCUAGCAGCAUGCUCGACAGUAGUGCACCUCCAGAGUGGUCCGACUCGGACGUGUGCAUGCGCUGUCGCACAGCCUUUACCUUCACGAACCGCAAGCAUCACUGCCGAAACUGUGGCAACGUCUUCUGUGGCGCCUGCUCGAGUAACAACAUCCCUCUGCCACAUCUCGGUAUCCUGGAUCCAGUACGAGUUGACGACGGCUGCCAUGCGAAGCUCACCGAUCGAUCACGGGCAGCCCCUGCACCUCCCAGAUUCGAUGCACCCAAGCCGACUAAGACGCUAUACCAGGGCUCAAUGGAGCCACGCAACCCGCGUGUAGAAGACAGCUUCGAUGCAGACCUGAAGAGAGCACUAGAGAUGAGCCUGGAAGAGACCAAGGGCAACAGCUCGUCUGGGUUCGUGUCGCAAGCGCAGCUGCAGUCACAAUCGAAGCCGAAUGGUACAACAAAGAAACCAGAGCCGGAAGAUGAGGAGGAUGAUGACCUGAAAGCCGCUAUUGCAGCAUCCCUUGCUGAUAUGGAGGAGCAGAAGAAAAAAUAUGCAACAGACUUUCGCCAGCAAACGACAAAUGUCUCGAAUGGAACGCCCUUUGUUGCGCCGAAGAACGACUUCGAGCUUACACCAGUGGAGGCGGAGAACAUAAACCUUUUCUCAACAUUAGUGGACAGACUACAGCAUCAACCCCCAGGCGCCAUCUUGCGCGAACCUCAGAUACAGGAGCUGUAUGAAAGCAUUGGCAAACUGCGACCCAAGCUCGCUCGGACAUAUGGCGAGACGAUGAGCAAGCACGAAACACUGCUGGAUCUUCAUGCCAAGCUCUCCACGGUCGUGCGUUACUACGACCGCAUGCUCGAGGAACGUCUGUCUAGCACAUACAACCAGGCCGGUGCCAUGUACGGCAUGCCUCGUCCCACCUCAAACGUCUACCCACAGAUCCCGUCAGGCGCACCAGCAUAUUCAGGCAGCGAAAACUACUACUCGAGCAAUGCUGCCCCCUCAGAUCCAUACGGCCGACCGCAGCCCAGCUAUCAGUCACAACCACAGCAGCCAUACCCUCAAUUCGACCAGCGAGCAGCGCCACCCCAGUCAUACGCAUCGCCUGACCCUUACCAGCAGCCUCAACAACCAUCACAGCCAUAUCCCAACCUCGCCUCAUACAGCAGCGGCCCAGCGUCCCAGCAACGACCGCCCAGCGCGUCUUACCAGCAACCUCCCUCGCCACAACUUCAACGCCAGAUGUCAAACCAAUACCCACCGCAAUCCUCCGGCUACCCGCCUCAGGCACCACCCUCCAACGUCUCUGAUGCUGAGAGCGCAAAUUACUACUACAACGACAGCGCGCCAGCUCCCAUCCAGCGCACAUACAGCCACGCCUCACAACCACCCCAACCCUCCUCGCCGCAGAUGUACAACCGCGGCCCGCCUCAACAACAGCAAGCGCCGAUCUCACCUCCUGCCCAGCCGGCGACAGCGUGGCAGAACCCACCGUAUCCAAGGGAGAACGCGCCGCCGCAACACCAAGCACCUGCGCCCCAGCAGCAACAGCAGGCGCCGCCUCAACAACAGUGGCAGCCGCCCCAGCAACAGCAGCCACCACCCCAGCAGCAACCCCCACAGCAGCAGCCUCCUCAGCAACAGCAGCAGAGUUACUGGAAUCCCGCGACGCCCUACGCAAUGGGCGGCUACGGCCCCGAGAGUUUCCCGUCUGCGCCCCAGGCUGCGCCGGCGCAGAAGGUGGAUGAGCCGUUGAUUGAUUUGUGAGUAGAUCAGACGGCGUGGAUGAGUGCAGGGAAGUGUGGGUAAUAGUGGUGUUGAUGAGAUGAUGACGCGGGGAAGGAGCGAACGGGGA